GAAAAUUUGAUAUCAUCUAAUUUCGUGUUGCAAAAUGUGUGGAUGCCAUUUCUUAAACAACUCCAUCCCUAACAGUGCGCAUAAGUUAUGUCGUAAGCAAUCAUGAAUGGUGUGUAUACAAAUGUUGUUUAGGGAACCGACUUUCAUGUGAACUUAAGUUAUCCUGUAUGGCUUUCUGAGAAAGCCUGCUUACUAUAUAUUUCGGAUACGCUGUCAAUUCGGACAAAUUACGUUUUAACAGUUAUAAUGCACUACAGAAAGCUUAAUUUAAUUGUCAGUGUCGUUUGGAGAAAACUGGGAGUGAAGUAUUUAACGUUAUCAAGGAGAAGCCACAGUAGAUCGGUGUAUGAUCGAUACCCGAAUUUUUUCCACAUCCAGUAUGAAUAUCUUUGUGAGAAAGGCUUGGCCAAGUUGCUGGAUUCCAGGGAUAUGGAGUUUCAUAAAAUCAAGUAUGAAAUACUGAAAGCAGAAGAACACAAGCAGAUACCUGAGAAAAUGCGAGCUAAGGAUUGGCUAACAGUAAGAAAUUCUGACCAAUCACGGCUGUUGGGAUCAUAUUUGAAUAUAAAGACAGAGCAAGAGACAUUGAAUGACAUGAGAACAUGUAGGCAUAAAGAGAAACAGGAAUUAAAUCAUAUGUUUGAUAGUUUGGAUCAAGCUGGAUGUAAUCUACAGUCCUUCAUGUGUGUAGAUAUAAAGGCUUGGAACAAGUUUUUUCAGGAAAUACAUGCAUGGAAAGAUAUUCUCAGCUUACAGUUCGGAAAACCUGUUAUCGUUUUCAAUUGGGCAUAUUAUAAAAAUUAUGAAUCUAAACCUAUAAACUCUUUUCAUCCAAAUGUUUUUAUAGAAAUGAAUAGGAAUCAUUUGAGUCCGUUGUGUAUAUAUUAUUUCAACUUCAAUGUUACAAUUAACAAAUCUUAUCCUUUUAUAAUGUGGCAAAAAGGCCAAGUGACAGAUAGUGCUAUUUAUGAGAAAGACAGAUUGGUGUACAUCAGUAAUGUCUCGGAAAACAUUUACAACCCUAAUAGUGAUGAUAUUCCUGUGUUAUUUAACCAGAGUUUUGAGUUAGGACAGUGCUCCAUCAUUAUUGAAGCAGAAAAGAUUGGGAUUCGACAUGCAUCUUUCCCUAUUGAAAAAUAUAUACAGAUAGGAAAAGUGCGCCUCGACCCUGCCCUGGAUUUAACCGUUCCUCAGCAACUGGAGAUCCUUCGUGACCUUGAACUUGGUCUCGACUGGGAGACAGCCAUCGCCAGGAAUAUCUUAAUUCCCCCAGGUAGCAUCACCAAGGUGUCCGAAAUUGGCAAGCACAUACGCCAAAAACGGAAUGAGCGCAAUUCCAAGUUGAUCAGUGAUCUGACAAUGACGAUAACAGAUAAUUGUGAUUCUGACAAAUUAGACUGUUCAUAAUGAUGUUUUUUUGUUUGUUGUUGCAAUGAACUUUAAAAUAAUUAUCCACCUUUUUGGCGAAAAUCAGUUUUUAAAUGUUUGAAAUAUGUUUUAACUUAUUUUUUCUUUCAAUAAACAGCGAGCUGUUAUGUUGUAAUCAAAAUUUGUCACAAUUUUUAUGUGAUUUAAGGGUGAAUAAAUCAGUUCUGUGUUAUAUUUCUAGAAAUUAUGGCUUUGUAUCAAAUAUGGUAAAAUUGUUAAUGUUUACAAUAAAAGAUUUUUUUUGUCAUGUUAAAGGGCCUAUGUCUAUGGGAAACUGGCUUCAUAAUGCACUUUGUUAUUGUAUAAAUAAUAUGAUUUGCAUUUUACUUAAACUUUAGCAUCGAAUAAAAAAUAUAAAACAGA